AUCGCGAGUGGCUGGCGAUUGUGACCGCGUUGACGUCGCUGCCCUCUGGGCCGUUUUCGCACGUGUUCAUCAACUGCUUUAUUCAGUACUGGCUACCGGUUCCCCCGGUGUCAGAGAAUUUGAUACAGUGUCUGGUGUCCCACAUCAACGAGCGCAUGGAGGCUGUCGAGUGUGACCAUGGACCCAUGAAUGCCUGCAUACUUCUGCAUGCCUUGGCUUACAAGUACAGCGGCGUUGUGAGCGAGGGUCUGCUCAGCCCCGAAAUCCUGGGUGGUCUGCUCCGUAUCCUGCGUGACCCCACCAACCGCUUGCUACAGAUGCUGGCGUUGCAGGCACUCGAGGCCUUUGCCAAGUGCAAUGUGAACAAAGUCAAGAUACUGGAUGCAGGUAUAUGCACACCGUUCACGCAUUAG